GCAUUUUCGUUUUCGUCCAUCCACAAGUACACGGACUAUGGGAGCUGCUGGAUCCGUUCAAGACGCGUCGUACGAUGCUACCAAGUUUGCUCAGUCCAAGGCCAUCAUGGAGCUGGCCGUCGAUGAUGCUGAAAAGUUCGCCAAGCUCAAGGAAGUGUGGAACGUAAGCAAGAAUAGCGUCACGAAAGAACCCUCACCCGAGCCCCAACCUGCGACAGCCAAGGAAGCAAAGGAAGCUCCACAGGAACCAAAGGAGACGACAGCACCCAAGGAAGCCCCGAAGGAAGCCCCCGCUUCUAGCGACGCCAAGGAGGCCCUUAAGGAAGCUGCGAAAGAUGCGCCCAAAGAGGCAGCUAAAGAGGCCCCCAAGGAGGCGGCAACAGAAGCCGCAAAGGAGGCCCCCAAAGAAGCUGCCAAGGAAGCGCCUAAGGAUGCCCCCAAGGAGGUGGCAAAAGAUAGUCAGCCACCAAAGGGCGCGGCUGCAGAGGAAAUCAAAGUUGCUGCCCCUAAGUAAUAUCUAUGAUUGUGUUAUAGAUCAAAACCACAACUCCCUUUGCUAUCACCCCCAAGAAAAAUAUCCGGCGUCCGCACGCGCCCCUUUUUCGCGUAACUGCAAUAAGAAAACGGCUGUGAUCUUUUGUAUCAAAUCCA